AAUCAGGUCCUGCUGGGGACCAUCCAAAAGAAAUUCUGUAAGUGACUCAGAAGUGAAAGGCUUUACCCGGUGGACGCGCACCGCGGGGCACCAGCAGAUCUGCGGUUCACACAGGUCCAGUCCCCUCCCUAUUGUCUGCAGUCCCUCAACCCUCUCGUACUUGGCAUAAGCUGCGCCGCCCACAGACACGCCUGGAAGCCGGUGCGGGCGGAAUGGACUCAGUAACCUUCACAGACGUGGCCGUGAACUUCACCAGGGAGGAGUGGGCCCUGCUGGACCCCGAGCAGAGGAAUCUCUACAGAGACGUGAUGCUGGAGAACUGCAGGAACCUGGCCUCCAUAGAUUGGGUGACUCAAGAUGAAACCAAAGACUCCACCCCUCAGCAGGACGUUCUCACUAAAAAAACACUUUAUGAAGCAAAUAGAGCGUGUCUCGUGAGCAACAGUUCCUGGCCCUCCACAUUAGGGGAAGACCAGAAAUGCCACAAAAUAGAGGGGAAGCCCAAGCAAAGGGGGCAAAAAUGGAAUCAAGUUGCAGUUGCCCAUGAGAAAGGAGAGUCUCUGGUUGAAAACUGUGAAUAUCAUGAAAUGAAGGACAAUUCUAAACCUUGCUCAAAGCUUGAGCCUUCACGGGGAGAUUACACAAGAAAAUAUAUCCAAAUAUGUGGCUCAAAUGCUUUGAAACAAAAUCCUGUCUUAACUAAUAGGAAAAUCUACAAAGACAACAUAUAUGAUAGAGCCUUGUGGCAGAGCAUUGAGUGGAUUCCAUGUAUGAGAAGUCAAACAGAGCCAAAAUCAAAGACAAUGUGGAUUGACAAUCCAAAUGAUGUGCUUUGUAUACGUAAUGAAAUGUACAUGGGGGCGAACAUUCAGGAAUGGGAUCCACUGGGAAAAGCCUUCAGUGAAGACAUUUCCCUUAGGGCAUAUAAGACUCAUGUUAAAGAAAAAACUCAAGAGUCUAAUUGGUGUGAAAUCACCUUAGGAAAUAGCUUAAUCUAUCCUGUGCAGAUGCAGUCCUAUGCAGCAGAGGCAAAUAAUGAGAAUAAUCAAAGCGAGACAGCCUUUGCCAACAUUCCAAAUUCUGUUUCACACAAGAGAACUAGGAUGGGCAGGAAAAGCUAUCAAUGUCACAAUUGUAGGAAAACUUUUGUUUACCAGUCAUUUCUCAUGAGACACAUGGAAAUUCACACUGGAGAGAAACCCUAUGAAUGCGAGAAAUGUGGGAAAGCCUUUAGAUAUUACUUACAUCUUCGUAAACACUUCAGAAAUCACUUUGCAGAGAAGUCCAAUGAAUGUAAGGAAUGUGGGAAAGCCUUCAGUAAGUCCUCAAAACUUACUGAACAUAUAAGGGUUCACACUGGAGAGAAACCCUAUAAAUGCAAAUGUGGGAAAGCCUACACCAAUUCUUCAGGACUUAAAUAUCAUCUAAAGACUCAUCAUUGAAGCCCUGUGCAUGAAUGGAAUGUGGGAAAAGCUUCAUUAAUGUUCUCAAAAUGCUGACUGUGAGAAGGGCAUGUUGAAAAGGAGCUCAGUGAGACAAUGUGUAUAGGAAGGUUUUUCUGAAUUUUUGUAUUUUACAGAAAUGUGAAAAUCCACACAUUUCACAUUCAAAGAAAUCCUGUGAAGUUAAGGCUAUGGAAAUCUUUUGAUCUUCAUCACCUUUAAUAGACAAUUGUCCUCACACUGGAGAGAAAGCCUAUCAACAAGGAAUGUGGAAAAACCUUCGUUGUCUCAAUAUAGAGCCUAAGAACCCACACUGCAGAGACAACUUACCAGAGUAAGGAAUGUGGGAAAGAUCCCUUUAGACAUUCACUCCUAAGUUACACAAGACCACACUCUGGAGCAGACACUAUGAUUGGAAUAGAUAUGAGGAAGCCUUCAACCCAGUUUUUCACUUACAGGGCACAAAUGAGUACACAGUAGAUACGAAACAUGGUAAAUGUUAUGAUUGCUGCUGUGAUCAUUGUCUCAUCCUCUAUUUGGAACCAAAAUUCAUUAUUUCCAAGUUUUUCUUUUCUAAUAAAGUCCUAUAAGAUGUUGUAUAUUUUCUGUACCCUUUCAGCUAUGCCAUAUGCAUUUGAUAGGUAGUAGCUUCAUUACAGUUCACUUACAUAUAUAGGGUCUUGCCAAUGUGAAGCCCUGUCUGAGCUGUCUUUAAUUAAGAUUCAGGAUUAGUAUUUUUUUUGUCUGAUUGUUAUUGGUCAUGAUUUGACUGCAUUAGGGUCAGCAUAUGUGGUCUUUGUGACACUGAUAUAGGGUACUUGUUCUGACUUUAAAUUUCCAUGUGUCAAUUACCCAGCUGUACCUAUUCUAUCAUCUUUUUUUUUUGGUAUUAUUAAUAUAUAAUCAUAUGA